AUGGAUGAACAUUUGCAAACUAUCAUCAAUCUUUCUGCAGCCAAAUUUCGUGAUCUUUGUGCUUCUGCAAGAAAUGCACGAGAAAUGUUGAACAACAGUGAUGUAACAAUGGUUACAUUAUGCGGUAAAUGUCUUUAUGUACUGCAAUUAGCACUUCAAUGCAAACACCAAAAAAUUAAUCAAGCAGCUGUUGAUUUACUUCAGACAUUAAUUCGAGACGAACGUUUUAUGAACAAAGCGUCAACUUCGGAAAUUGACACAUUAAUUAUGUCAGCCUUAAAGUCGGUUACUUUGUUACCGGUAAUCAAGGCCCCUAUUCAAUGUCGUAUACUAACGUUAAUUGUUGAAAUAAUGUGUAAGGAAGAACGACGAAUUACAAUCGAAACUAUAAUGGAAGCUCUAAAGUUAUGUAUGCAAACAUAUGGGAAUGCAGAAGAAAGAAGUGUUCGAUUGGCUUGUCGCGCAGCUAUUACUCAGAUUUUUAACUCUUUUUGCACACUACCUCAGAAUAGACAUUGUCAGGAAUAUAUUGCUAUUUUUAUGGAUUCUACAUCAUUGCUAAAUGAAGUAAUCAAAUGCGCAAAUGUCACAAAUCCCCAAUCGGAUCAAAUUGUUAUCUUACUAGAUGCUAUAUAUAGUCUUCUUAGUUCACAACCAAUUACUAUUACCAAUCAUGAACCAUUCGUUAAUGCUAUAUGGCAUGAAUUAAGUCCUUGCAUGAUGAAAAUGUUAGGAGAACCGGAAAAGAAUACUCGUGAUAUUGCUGAAGGUAAUGAACUAUUUGGACGAAGUCAAAGGCCGAUGACGACAAAUAGUAAAACGAUUUUUGAUCAUCCAGAAAUUGUACUCUCUCUAUACCAGAUCGUCGAACAAUUAUUAAGAAUUCUUGCUGGUGUUCAUGAAAUGCGCAGUGUAUUGGAAGCAAUAUUUCAUAAAGCAUUGCUCUAUCCGAGAGUGGAUCAACGUUCUGAAGCUCUUCGUAUCAUCCGGAAGAUUACUAAAAAUGAAGAACGUCUUGCUGAUAUUGUUUUGAUUUCGGUGAACAGUAAGUCAUUAACACUAUGGACUGCUAUUGUUGAUUGUAUCGUUGAAUGCAGUAAUUCAACAAAUAUUGACAUAGCUUCAGAAGCACUUCGAACGUUACAAACUAUUCUAGCUACAGCAUCCCAAAUGUGUGAAGCUGAUAGUGAUGGCAUAUUAUCAGCGCAGCUUAUUGAUUCUAUUUUGGCUUAUUUUCCAACGGAUGAUAUUUCAUUAGCUUCAGUUAUUGAUGAUGGACAGAUUUCAGAAAAACGUGAUAACAAGCAAGACGGUAUAAAAGAAGCAGAAAUAAAACGAAAGAGUUUAUUGGAGGAUUUGAAAAGUACAGAUGAGAUAACUGAAGUGCUCCAAAAACUAUCGAAAAAGUAUAAAAGAGAAGAAACGGAUGUGGUAAUUUGCUGUGACUCUGCCGAUAACAAAUCAGCUGAAGAAGAAAUAGAAACAGCGAAUUGCUAUAUAAAUAAAUUGCGGAAUGCUAUUCCAAAAUGGAUGCAAAUUAAAAGUACGAUUGAAAUUGAUGAAGCAAUUCAAGAGUUUGCGUCUAAUUUCUUUUCCGAAUUCAUGUUGGCUCAAAAGGAUGCAUUCGAGUUGCAUGGUCAAGCACAAUCACAUUUCCUGAAUUCUGAUGCUAUUUAUCUUACUACUUAUGCAGCAUUGGCUGUUAUUUAUUAUGAAAACAACAAGCAAACUUUCAACAAGUUUUGGUUCAUCAACGAAGUACUGCGUAGCGAUUGCAUUGUAUAUAGCAGUGAUCAUUGGCUUACUGUGGUAUACGAAAAUUUGAUAAAAUUAAAAAUGAAAAUUAAAUAUUUGGAUGACGUCAAAGUACCACUGAUAAGUGUCAUUGAAGACUACACUGGACACAGUGCUCAGAUAAUGAGUGAUGUGCGACGAAUACGACAAAUGUUUAUCAAGAAGAAUAAACAUUCCUUAGCUGCGUGUAGAGCAUGUCGAUGGCUUUUAUUGGCAACUCAGAAUAAAUUGCUAACAUCACCAUCAAAGCUACUUUCCUUACGCAAUACACAACAUCAUAUUGUUCGCCCAAAAGCUGCUGAAGCUUUUGAUCAGGCCAUAUACACUUUAUUGGCAUUUGCUAAGCUUUGUACGGAGGAGUAUAAUCAGUUAAUCAUUGAACAACUUGUCAUGGCAACAUGUCCUCUGGAUGAAUUGAGAAGCUUUGCAAUUCAAGAAAAAAUCGAUUCCGUUGCAGAACGAUUUAAUCGCUGGCCAUUACGGAGAAGCGAUGUGAUUGCAAUGCAAACUAUUUUAGAUAUUGCUACUGAUUGUGGACUUCGUGCACCAAAAUGUUGGAAUAGUAUCAUUAGAUUCACUGAGUAUAUCUUGGAAGUGGAAAAAUAUUUGUUUGGUGUCAUAACUCAAGAUCAGACCAAUUGGUUGCCAUCUGUUUCUUUCAAUCGUGAUACGGCUAAUAAGGCACAGCACAUUGAUGAUAUUUUACCAAACAGUAAUGAUGACAUUCUUAGCACUCAUACAGCUUGUCAAAUUCUUCAAUUUCUCAUUUCAGAAAUAAGCAAGUUUUAUGAACGUGUUGGCAAAGAGUUGAAUUUGGCAUCGCUCUAUGAAUUAAUGCAAAAUUUGGUGGUGGCUAGUAAAAAUUGCCAACAUUACGUGAAUUCACAAAAAUCAAACUCAUUGGCUGACCCGGCAGUAACUUUAGGAUGGAUAUUCACCAUUUCAAUUACACUUUCAACUAGGCCUCUAAUCCAUACAAUGAAAAUUUGGCCUCAAGUUGCACAUCAUAUAGUUCAGUGUGCUUCUUUGCGUAACAAUGGAAAGUUGAACUUUUUUGCUAUCGAAGGCUUAGGAGUUUGCAUAGCAAAAUUAAUGAUUAACGAAGCAAACGGUUUUUGUUACAAUCAACUCAUCUUCCAGCCAUUACAAAAUAUUCUUUGUGCGGAGAUGUGUCUGGAGGAAUCACAGGAACAAAUUGUCACACUGUUGGCAACGUUUGUGCAUUCACACGCUAAUGUGAUUGGUUCCGGAUGGCAACCGUUAUUCAGUGCUUUGAAAGCAUUACGGAAUGAAGAUCAUACAGGCAUGCUUGGAAAAUCAGAAAAUAAUGGUAAUGAUGUGACGACAGUAUCUUCAGUUCAAGCAACUGUUCUUGACAUCUUUUCGGCAUAUCUUAAUAUCAAAAAUACAAACGUUUUGAUAACGACAGCUCUGGAUUAUAUCACAUGCGUCCUGCAAUAUCUUCAUUCCACAGGAUCGGAAAAUGAAGCAAUGAUUCCGUCAUCCAAUGUAACGAUGGCUUCAACAGCUUUGCAAAAUUUGUUAAAAAUGGAACGAAUGCUUCAUAAUCUAUUUGAUUCGGUUGAUUGUAUUGAUCAACACUUACUGCAACGAUUAACAUUACGUGAACGAACUCAGCAUUGUGUUGAUCGAUACACGGCUAUAUCAUUUUUGAUGGAACCAUUGUCAACUGUUCUGAUUGAAGAACAAUUUUUUGACGUUAAACAAAAAAUUCCACUAACUGAUCUUGAUCGUUUGCUUGAAGCACCAGAAAUAACCGUACCUUGGAAAAAUUAUACGGCAUCGAGACGAAGUUGCAUUGAAGUUUACUUAUCAUUAUUGGAAGGUCUCAUAGCUAUUACCUUUAUUUGUCCUGCAUCACUACAAUCGAAUUUACUGCGAACUAUUGCUGAUUUAAUCAAAGAACAAAUGGAUACUAAAUUCGGUAUUAAUUUUGGUGCAUAUGCUUUAUCAAUUCUCGUUUUUCCAAUGCUACAGCAAUGGAUGCGUAAAGAUGCAGCAAAACAUGAAAAUAAUUUAAAACAAGCUAUUGGAUUGUUCACAGAAGUCGUAAAGCAAUAUUUAAUACAGACGAAAAAUAACCAAUGGGUUAAUCGGACACUUUUUGAUACGUUAAUUUUAUUAACGGAAUGUAUUACGUGUUCAUCAAAUCGUAUUGCACGGUUUGGUUAUGCAUGCUUACGAUUCCUGACCAGAUCUUCCGUUAAUUCAUUAACAACUGAGAGAUGGACAAUUAUUGUACGGUCAUUAUGGAAUGCAACAAGUUUAACUCUCGCGCAUCUACGAUUUUUAAUUCAGUAUUAUGUCGUUGAUUCAAAUGAUCCAAACGGUGAUCUUGGUAAUGUUUGCAUAGCAGCUGUUGAAAAUUCAAAAUUUUCAUGCGAAACGUUAUUACUGGCUCGGCAGAUUUUCUUAACGGAUGAACAGAUCUGUUCAGUGACAGAAAUGGAAGAAACGAGGAAACGUGAAGUGGUACUUUGCAAUAACGAUGGAAUAGAACAAAGAAUUCCUGGUGAUGAACUGGUUAACAUUCUUACCAGUCAUCAAUAUAUUUUGGAACUAAUUGGUACUUUAUUAUUAAAUGGAGUCGAUUUACCAGUCGAUAAACAAACUGCGGCAUUUUUAAAGAAAUUUGACGAGCAAACCGAAAGUGACAAUGGAUGUAAUUUGCAUAAGCUAUCGCCAGAAGAUAUUAUUAUUCUGUUUCGUUGUUUAGAUGGAUCAUUUUUAGUUGCAAAAAAUUUUGAUAAACGUUCAGGCCUAAAAAUGCUUAUCCAAGGACUGUAUGACUUUCCGGUACUUCCAAAUUUAUGCAAGCAAAUAGUAUUAGCUUGGACUAUACGUUCACUGGCAAUGUAUGAAAUGGUACGAAAAUGUCCAUUGAAAAAAGAAACAAUUGUUGAAUGUUUAUCGUCAUCAGAUGAGAACGUAAAAGAUGACAAAUAUUACGUCAAACAACUUCAAUUAUGUCAUCGUGAAGUGUGCAAGUAUUUAUGUAACUUAGAAAAGAAACUAUCUACGAAAGCAUUACGUCAUUUGGCCAGAUCGCAUGUUACUCAGCAAAUUACUCUCAUUCGUAACGAUGCAGUAGAUGAAAAUUUGUACAAAUUGGUAUCUUCUGAGCAAACUACCGAAAUUAUUUCUGAUUACAAACGUUCAAAGGUCGCACAAACGCUGGCAUUACCAACAAAACGUUGUAAUCCAUUUAAAAGUAAUGAUGAACAGCACCAGACCAUCGCAGAGGAAAAACUAAUUCUCUCUGACGGAGAAACACGAUGUUGCGCAUGGACUGAAAUGUCUCUGGCAAUCCUGGAAGCAUGCUUGCGUGAGGAAAGCGAACAAUUCGAAAAACUUUUACCCAUUAUUUAUGAAAAUUCAGCGAUACUUAUUUCCGGUUCAUCCAAUAUGCGGGUACGUGAAUUCGCUGGACGAUUUCUUCGUAAAAUUUCUAAUUUUCAUCGUUUUUCAUGA